AUGGAUGAGGAAUACGACGUCAUCGUUCUCGGGACUGGGUUAACGGAAUGUAUUCUAUCGGGAUUGCUCUCUGUCGAGGGCAAGAAGGUUCUGCACAUGGACCGCAACGAUUACUAUGGGGGAGAUAGUGCAAGUCUUAACUUGACACAACUAUAUCGCAAGUUCCGCCCCGACAAAGCACCCCCUUCUGAUCUAGGUCGUGAUAGAGAUUAUGCAAUAGAUUUGAUUCCAAAAUUUAUCAUUGCUGCGGGCGAACUCACCAAGAUCCUCGUCCACACCGAGGUAACGAAAUACCUAGAAUUCAAACAAAUCGCGGGAAGCUUUGUAUUUCGCGAUGGGAGAAUAUCAAAAGUCCCAAGCACGGAAUUGGAGGCCGUAAAGAGUCCGCUGAUGGGUUUAUUUGAAAAGCGUCGAGCGAAGAAGUUCUUCGAGUUCUUACAGAAUUGGAGGGAAGAUGAUCCGGCUACGCAUCAAGGCGUCGACCUUGACAAGGACACUAUGAAAUCCAUUUAUGAGAAGUUCGGUCUCGAAACUGGUACUCAAGACUUCAUUGGCCACGCUAUGGCACUCUAUCUUGACGACGACUACAUCACCAAAUCCGCCCGAGAAGCUUACGAUCGUAUCAUCCUUUACACAUCCUCGAUGGCCCGAUACGGAAAGUCGCCUUAUAUCUACCCUCUUUACGGCCUCGGCGAACUUCCGCAAGCAUUUGCCCGCCUUAGCGCUAUCUAUGGGGGGACCUACAUGCUUGAUAAGCGUAUUGACGAGAUUGUUGUCGACAAGGCAACAGGUCAAUUCGUCGGCGUACGAAGUGGUGAAGAGACGGUCAAGGCCAAACUUGUUAUCGGGGAUCCGAGUUACUUCAGUGGGACGACUACGGCGGGUGAAGCGGGAAAGGUUAGAGUCCUCGAAGAAGGGAAGGUCGUUCGGGCGAUUUGCCUGUUGAAGCAUCCUAUACCCGGUACAGACAACGCAGACAGUGUUCAGAUUAUCAUCCCUCAGAACCAAGUGGGAAGACGAAAUGAUAUCUACAUCGCUUCCGUCUCAUCUACGCACAACGUCUGCGCCAAAGACAUAUACAUUGCUAUUGUGAGCACAAUUGUCGAGACCAACAGACCCCAUGAAGAAAUUGUACCCGGUCUUAAUCUCCUUGGACCCAUUCACGAUAAGUUCGUGUCCAUUUCCCCGCUUUACGUUCCAACCACAUCCGGCAAGGAGGAUAAUAUCUACAUUACACGCUCCUAUGACGCCACUUCACAUUUCGAGACUGUCGUGAAGGAUGUCGAAGAUGUCUGGAAGCGUGUCAUUGGAAGCGAGCUUGUUCUCAAGAAGAAAGAGGAGGCUAACGUAGUGGGGUAG